AUGUACCAGACUAAAGGCCCUCGGCCAGCGGAGAAGCGUAUCCGAAGGGCAGCUGCGGCCUGCUACCGGUGCCAUGCACGCAAGGUGCGCUGCGAUGCAUCGAUUCUCGGCUAUCCCUGCACAAACUGCGUGCUCGACGGCAGAACGGACUGUACUCUGCGCCCCAACGCUACCACACGUUUCAAGAAUCUGAAACAGAGCCAGCGUCGGAACACUGUCCAGGGAUUGGUGAAGCCGAAUGAGGAGGAACAUACCACCCUGAAUAGCAGCGGAGAGCCCUGCGAAACCACUCCCCAAUCCGCCAUGUUGCCACGAGCCUCUGGGUUCCCCGAACUGUUAGAGUCGCCCCGCCAGACCGAAACAAUAUACGAGUAUACUGGACCCACUGUCGAUCUCAAUGCCUUAUCUCUGCUUCCGAUGAGCGAUGUGCAUAUUCUCGUGACAGGUGGCUGUCUGGACAUGCCCCCCAAGUCUGCGAUGGAUGUUUUCCUCAUGAAAUACUUCCUCCUCGUGCAUCCGACACCAACUACGCACCGAAAAUCUCCCUCUUUGUAUUUCAAGCCAUGCUUCUUUCGAGCUGCGCAGUAUGUGCCCUACUCCAUCAUGUGGCCGCGUGACCUCAAAUUAACCAUGGACAUGAUGUUGCAGUUUGUGCCCGUCGAGGUCAUCCAGCAAUGUGGCUUCAACGAUGCAUGCGAAGCGAGAAGAACGUUUUAUCACCGCGCCAAGAUGCUGUACGAUACUAACUUCGAGAGCGACCCCUUAGCACGAGCCCAAGGCGCCCUGCUGCUGACCUUCCAUACCACAGCUGAAGACCCCCAAGCAACGAUGACCUGGAACAUGUGCGCCAUCCACAAUGCAACCGCUACAGGCUUGGGUCUCCAUCCUUCGCUCCAGGAUCCCAAUAGGUGUGCCAAGAAACGACUGUGGUGGUCUAUCUUUGUCCGCGAUCGCUUCUUGUGGCUUGGCCGCCACCGUCGGCCUCAGUUCACCUCCGCGAACUUCAGCUUGAACAUUGACUAUCUACAGGAGGAAGAAAUGACCAAUGAAAUCAUCAUGUCCCCGUUUUAUGAGCCCAAUGUCAAGCGCCUCCUGCUGAAAGUGUUCCAGGCCCAAUGCCGGCUGGCUGUGAUCCUGACGGAUGUCAUCACCAUUUCGUUCUCGGCAUCGGACGGGGAUGCUCCGCGUUUAUCACUUCAGGAGCUGGAUAUAUAUCUCACAAGGAUUAAGCAGCUACGAGCGGGGCUCGCUCAGUGGGAAGAAACGGUUUACUCCCCUUUGCAUCAUACUGGCAUCGCUGAGCCGGGGACGGUUGGAAUUAUCAUCAAUCUAACUGCUUUGCACUACCAAACCGCUCGCAUGGUCCUAGGCAAUUAUGAAACGCUCCUUGUCGAAAGCCACCUCGAUAUGAUCCAAGAUCGCUCGGCGUCAAUCCUGUUGCCUGUGGCCAAGGAAUUGAAAGAUGCCGUAUUUCAGCUCACCCAGAAGCUUGGUUAUUUCAGCUCAAGGAAUCUAACGGAACAUAUCCCAUUGAGUGUGCUUGCUUAUUGUGGCACUCCAAUGGUGCUCGCGGCGACAGAUGUCAAGCUGUCUAUGUCGUAUUCGGACAUGAUUGAUCGGAAACGUACUCUUGACAAAUGCUCCGAAGUCAUAGAUCAAUCACGGAGAGUGUACGACGUCACCGAACUAUUCUCCCAAGGCACGAAUCAAAUCCUACACCUGGCAUACGCCAUUACCAAAAACCUGCUUCUAGAAAGCAAUGUGCCAGAGACGGGCGCAUCGCUGCUCGAAGACUCAAAAUGCCUCGAAGGUAGUGAGCUAGAGAUGAAAGGGCGUGAUAAGCUUUUGUCUCCUGCAUUCAAAAGGCUGCGCAUAAGAGGUUGGGCCGAGGCGUUCCUGAAAUACCCCCGUGCAUAUCUCUUGAUAUCAACGUGUAUUGAUUCUAGCCUUGCAACUGGCCGCCUUCCACGAAACGAGCUCCUUCCGCCGAUAAUCAGAGACACGGCGUACGUGAUUCUGGGGCUUCCAAAGCUUCCGUGGACAAUACGGCUUGCCACCGGGGCCACAAGCGUGCCCACUGAGGAGAGCGUGCAGAAGGAUCAACGUCGGUUAAGAGGUCGACCGGAAAGUGUGUCUCUCAAUGAUACAUGGUAUUUAAGCCUACUUCAAAAUGUCGACGCAGACCCGUCUCUUUUUGAUGCCUGCGCACUCGAUGGAGGAUCACGUAACGGCAAUGUCGAGACCACUAUAAAAUAUCUCACGGACGAUAAUCAUGCAACCGGUAGCCCAUUGGGAUGUAGCGUGUAUAAUCGCAAGUACUCGUCUGGGAGCUCGCACGGUGAAAAACACAAGUUGCGAGCCUACUGUAUUGAGAGAAAGGAGCUGGGGAGAGAGAAUUGUUUGUUUACACAGAGUUGCUUAGCAAGGUAUAUCGGUAGAAUCAAGCAUCGUCGCGCAGAUGAGACUAUUGUCUCGGGUGGUGCGCCAGAGACGCACCAGCUUGGUGGAACGACAUCAAUCUCCGCGACUUCAAUAAUAACAAGAGCUAAUUAUUCCCUGGACAGCCUCGUCGAUUGUGCGCGGAGCAACGAGACCAUGGAGCCAUUGAACAAUAUCCAAGCUUGCCGCUUCUUGAGCAUGGGAUAUGAUGGCAGCGAGACCUCGAUCAUGAUACCUGACGCGAAAGAAGCGUUUGUCAAGGCACACCAUCAGCAAUUCGGAUUUACUCCUGUGGAUCGUGUCGUGUAUGUUGACACCAUUCGAGUCCGGGCAAUUGGAUGCAGUGUUUUCCAUGAAAUCCCUUCCUCUCCCCAGGUCAAGUAUCCCUUGAAUUCCAAGUCGGCUACGACCACGGCCACUCCAAGCUCGAGAGUUUCCACCUAUUUCAGUUCGGUUGGGUGGGUGGACACGCCUGUCUAUCAUCUGGAUGCUCUUUCUGAAGGAAUUCAGAUUCAAGGACCCGCUAUGGUUAUUGACAAAACGCAGACGAUCGUCAUGAGUCCAGAUUCAAAGGCGACCAUCGCUCAAGAUCUUUUGAUCCUUGACGUAGAUUCACCAAGCCCCAAGUCGACCAGUCCGGAAGGUAUCGACCCGGUUCAGCUUUCCAUAUUCCGGCAUCGGUUCAUGGGAGUAGCUGAACAGAUGGGCCGGGUUCUGCAGAAUGUCAGUACCAGCGCGAAUAUCAAGGAGCGGCUAGAUUUCACUUGUGCGAUCUUCACGCCGGAAGGGGACUUGGUUGCCAACGCUCCUCACGUACCCGCCAUGAUUGGAAGUAUGGCCUUUGCCGUGAGAUCACAGAUUGCGGAGUGGCAGGGAAGGCUGCAAGAUGGCGAUGUGUUACUGUCCAAUACUCCCGCCUAUGGGGGUGUUCAUCUCCCCGAUUUGACGGUGAUUACCCCGGUCUUCGGCUCCGCUGGGAAGGAUAUUGUAUUUUGGGCCGCGUCGCGCGGUCAUCAUGCCGAUGUGGGUGGCAUACUCCCCGGCUCGAUGCCACCAAUGUCAAAGCUUCUCUCGGAGGAAGGUGCUAUCUUCAACUCUCAUCUCCUGGUUCGUGCCGGUCACUUCGAUGAAGAGGAGCUCCGUCGUGUUCUAUGCGUCGAGCCAGCACGUUUCCCCGGCAGUAGCGGGUCCCGACGUUUCCAAGACAAUGUCACUGAUCUCAAGGCCCAAGUUGCUGCAAAUCACUGUGGUGCUCGUCUCAUGCGACGUCUCAUCGAAGAGUAUUCUUUCCCGGUGGUUCAGGUCUACAUGGGUGCCAUUCAAGAUUCUGCCGAGCUGGCUGUGCGCAAUCUCUUGAAGCGUCUCGAGCAUGAGCGCAGCGGAGAAGACAUAUCUGCUGUGGACUAUAUGGAUGACGGUACCCCGAACCAGCUGAAGGUCACGAUUAAUCCGACAGAUGGGUCUGCCAUUUUCGACUUCACAGGCACAGGCCCAGAGGUAUACGGAAACUGGAAUGCUCCGAUUGCCAUUUGCAAUUCGGCGGUCAUUUUCGCCCUGCGGUGCAUGGUCAAUUCUGAUAUCCCACUCAACCACGGGUGUAUCAAGCCAGUCCAAAUAAUCAUUCCGGACGGAUCACUCCUACGUCCAAGUGCUGAAGCAGCUGUCUGCGCCGGCAACGUGUUGACGUCGCAACGCAUCGUAGACGUCAUAUUCAAGAGCUUCAAGGUGUGCGCCGCAAGCCAAGGAUGCAUGAACAACCUGACCUUCGGCAACGACGGCGAGAAUGGAUUUGGAUACUACGAGACCAUCGCCGGGGGCAGCGGCGCAGGCCCCAGUUGGGCGGGAACCGGUGGUGUACACACGAACAUGACCAACACGCGAAUCACCGACCCAGAGUCUCUCGAACGGCGAUACCCAGUUGCCCUGCGGCGUUUCAGUCUUCGGAGAGGAAGUGGUGGUGCGGGCAUGUACCCAGGUGGCGAUGGAGUGAUCAGGGAUAUUGAGCUGAGGCUCCCCAUGUCCGUGUCGAUUCUUUCGGAACGACGGAGCUUCGCACCGUAUGGGAUGGCAGGUGGAGAAGAUGGUCAGCGCGGGAAGAAUACGUGGAUCACGAAGGCUGGUCGCUGUAUCAACGUCGGCGGUAAAGGUUCGAUCCGGGUUCAGCCUGGCGAUCGGUUCGUGAUCGAGACCCCCGGUGGUGGUGGCUAUGGACCCCCUGGGGAGCUGGUCUGGAGCGAAAGGGACGAGUCGAUCGUCAUGCCCACAUUUAUACCAGUUGCUAAUGGCAGUGUGGCUGCGAAUCGAACCCUGGCCGAACAAGUUUAA